AUGGACCGACUCGGGGCCCCCGGGAGUACCUUCCCCCCCACCGGUGGUCUCGGUGCCUCUCCGGAUGUCUAUCUGCACAUCUGCACUUGGUGUGGGAGAGCAUCUGUACAGCACAGCACAGCCUGUGACGCAACAGAUGGACAAGUGCUCACACACCCCUGCCCGGCCAGGCGGACAGAGUGGGUGGUCAGUGCCUUGGCUUAUCAUUACGGCUUGGACCGGGGUGUGGAGAACGAGAUCAUCGUGUUGGCCACGGGGUUGGACCAGUACCUGCAGGAGAUCUUCCAUCACCUGGACCUGCGGGGUCAAGGCACCAUCUCCUCGGCGGACCUGAGAGCCCUGUGCCGAGUCCUGGCGCUGGAGCCCGGCUCUCAGGGCGAGGAGGAGGCGGUGGGGCUGUUGGAGGCUCUCCCGGAUCGGCUCAGCUUCAAGCAAUUCCACGCCAAACUCUGCGGCUACUUCAGCACCAAAGCCGGAUGCCAAUACCACACCGGCCGCCUCCUGGUGGGCAGCGACUCCGAGCUGAUUGAGACCCAGAUCCGCUUGCGGGGUCCGCUCACGGGGAGGAGAGGCGCUCUGGGGCGCUCUCCGGCUCCAGCCGGGCCGGGAGUGGGUCAGCAGGUCGGCGGGGGCUCCAGCCCAUCCAGCCCGCCCCCCAGGCGGUAUGAGCCGUGCAGUAGGGAGUGUUACGAGGACAUCGUAGCUUUGGAGGCGGCCGAGGACAAAGUGGCCAAGUUGGAGUUGGAGAACGCCAGCCUCAGGCAACUGGUGGAGGAGCUCAGGGCGGCUCUGCAGAGCAGCGAUGCCCGGGCUCUCGCCCUCCAAGUUGGACUGUGCAAGAGCCGCCAAGUUCCCGACCAGGACCCACACACAGACACCCCGGCUCGGGUGGCAUCUGAUGUCCCACAACUGAACCCAACGGGCUCCUCAGCCAAGCUCCUCAAGGAAGGGCGUAUGCAGGAGGCCCUGAGGUUGAGCCAGGAGAUGGAGAGGGAGCUGAGAAGGUCUGAGGAGGCUCUCCUGACCCUGGAGGAGAGUAACAGGAGGCUGGAGAGGGAGCAGCUGGACACCAGGCAGAGGGUGGGCAAGGCACGCCAGGCUGUGCUCAGAAGCUUCCAGAAGGUGAAGGAGUUGGAAAGCCAAGCCAAGGAGGUGCCAUCCUUACAGAGGAGUGUGCUCCAACUGCAGUGCCAACUGCGCUACUACAGAUCAGAGGUCAUCAAACUCCAGUUCCUGCAGCCAAUUACCCCCGAGGUCAGGGCGGGGCCAGGGUCGGAGGUCAGGCAGGUGCACUGCUCACCUGAGCCCCAGGAGCGAGGCUCGCCAACGGGUCAGACAGAGAUACCCGUGUACAGCGAUGACGAACAGUUACUACGCUCUGUGGAGGGCCAGGCAGCCUCAGACGAGGAGGAUGAGAAAUGGACGGAAGAUCAGCAGAGCAGGGUGGCCGAGGUCAAGAAGGUGCUGGCCCGGCUGUGUUGCUGCGGUAACGGCUGUGAUGAUCAGACUGUGAGGAAGCUGCUGUGGCAGUUUGGGAGUGGGCAGAGUGAGGAGAGCAGCGUUGCCAUCUUGGAACUGGUGGAGAAGGUGGCACGGCUAACGCAACAGUUGGAGUGGAGGGAGACGCAGGCCAGCCAAAUGGCCACAGACAUGGAACAGCUGAAGGGGUCGCUGGUGUGUGAGCUGCAGAGGAAGGUAGUGGAGAGUGAGCAGCUGCAGACGGAGCUCCAGAUGUUGGAGACGGAGAGAGUGCGGCUGUCGCUGAUUGAGGAGAAACUGCUGGACGUCUUACUGCUCCUCCAGCAGCUCCGUCACCUCAAUUUCUCUAGACGGUCGCUGGGAAAAAUCCUGCUCAACACUUUGGAGUCGUGCAGUGACCCCCAGCACGGAAAGGCUCACAUCCUGGAGGUGUUGAACACGCUGUACCAGGAACUGGCUGCCUGUGAGCUGUUGUCUGAUCGGCCACUGGACAAGACUCAGGGACACCGGUCGCUGGCAAACACUCUGCUCAUCUCAUGCUGACGAGCGCCCUGGGCCACAUCUCCCCCAGGGCAGGGAGGGGGGAACAGGAGGGUGAGGGGGGGGGAGAGGAUAAAUGUCUUGCCACAGAUUGCCACGGUUAUCGAAUGUGUUGUCUAAUCGCUUCUGAAGCUUUGCAAUUUCCACCCACUCUGGGGCACGACCCCCCCCCUCCACCUUCACCCACCCCGGCCAGAAUUAACCAUUCGCUCCCCGUGGAACAGCCGCUGCCUUUAUCACUGCUGUUUGCUUAACGCCAACGCCACCAACAACAACAACUUGCAUUUAUAUAGCGCCCUCCACAUGGGGCAGCAUCUCGGAGCACUUAGACAUAAUCCAUCCACCGCGAUUAGUAACCGACCACGACAAUAACUAUUAGGAAGCUGUUGGAGCUGAGUUAGAUAUAACCAGAGGCCCCUGAGCUCACUGACUCCAGCACCAUUUGUAGCAGAUUUUUUUUUGUGGAAUCGUAGGUAAACCAGCCCAGGAGGAGUCCCAGUGCUUUUGCCUCUCGUUCCCCAGCGUGUCGUUCCGCUUGUUCCAUUUUUGUAGAUCCCGGCAGAUGUGUUAAUCCCAUUUUUCCCCCUUUUUCCCCUUACCUCCCCAGUACCUCCUCUCGCUUGCGAGGUGAGAGCGGUAACCACUCCUCUACAGGACACCACACAGCAAACCACCCUACCAGCAGCAGUUUGAGUUCAUCUGCGGUCGUGAGUGAGUCAGGGUUGUCUGCCAGUGACAUACACACACGCACAUCGAGGGCACAACAGGGAGGAAGGACAAAGAGAAAUGUGAAUGGAUGGAAGCUUUGGGGUAAAUCACACAACAACAACAACAACAAAUGGCAUUUCAUGGCGCCUUUCACAUC